CAACAAGCACGCUCUCCAUCGCCACACUUUUCUUUUUGUCGUCGUCGCCUUCUCAUUCACUCCAUCCUCUCACGUCUUUAGUGUACUCGUGUGCGCUGCAGAACAGCGCUCUGUAUCCCCUUUACCCCCCGCCCUCGUCCAAGGCGCCUCGAGUGUGCAGCGUCAGGAAAUACAGAAAGCGGGCGCACCACACAUACACACAUUCGCAAGAUGGCGUCUGCAGCCGCAAUAGCAGCAGCACAGCCAUCCAACUCCACCUCACCACCGCCAGUACAGGAUGCAGACGCCCUGGCGCUCGAUUCGGUGGCGCAGACGACAGAUCCGGACGUGCUACGUGCCACAAUCGCCGCGCUGCGUACGGAGCUCGGCGCACGCGACGGGCAGCUCGCCACGCUGCGCGCCGACCUGGCGCUCGCCCGCCACACCCACGACGCCCUCCUCGCCCGCUCCGCCGGUUGGGCCGACUCGCUGCAGGAGCUCGCGGCGCGUGUGCCGCAACUGCAGGAUGCGCUCGCGCGCGAGCAGGCCGCCCGCGCCGAGGCCGAUGACCGCGUCAAGGACCUCCGCCUGCGUGCCGAGGAGAGCCGUCGCGCGUUCAUGCGCCUCCAGGGCGAGUCCGAGAAGGAGCGCAAGGCUGCAGCUGCCGUGCGCCGCGAGUCUCACCGCAGGAGCUUCGGCUCCGUCGCACUCGCGCCCCCCGUCGCCGGAGCCUCGGUCAGCCCGCCAGGCGCUGCUGCGCCCGGCUCGCUCCUCGACGAAGAGGAAGCGAGGGAGCUCAGGAAGAGCAAGAGAGCCAGCCUCGCGUUUGGACCCAAUGGCACCGGCAUCUCCAUUGCCUCACUCGCAGCCACUUUUGGCAGCGGCAAUGACCCACCUCGCAGCGGCACCAGUGCCAGUGCUAGCGCCAGCGACCUGGCGACUAAUGGCACGGGCUCCGUCAGAGGCCUCAAGGGCCUGUCGCUGCUCAGCGCCUCUCCUGCGCCCUCACCCUCCCCGUCGCCAUCGCCGUUGCCCGCGCUGUUCGGCGCCGACAGCAAGGUGCACGCUCCUCUCGAAGCGCACGCAGACUCCGCCAUUGCAGCGGGCGAUGCAUCGCAUGCACGCCGCUCCUCGCCACCCUCAGCGCCUUCGGGUGCAGCGAGCCACGCAAACCGUCGUUACAGCAGCGGCAGCAGUACACAUCACGAUGCCGCCGCCGGCUCGGAGCUCGAGCUCUUCGUACCCGGCGCGGGAUUGGGUUCCCGCGACAGCCUUGCGGGCAACGGCCUCGGCCUCUCCGGUCACCUGUCGCCCGCGCCGUCCACUAGCGCGCUGUCCUCUGUCGGCAGCCCCAUCCUCGAAGGCCACGAGGAGGAUGAGGCCGACGGUGAAGGCCACGAUGGUGAUGAGGCCUCUGUGGAGGGUUCACGGAGACACACGUUGUCGCUGCCGUUGCAGCAGCAGCAGCGCCGACAGAGAACAAGAGAGGAGCAGCAGCAGCAGGACGAUGGAGAGGAAGACUCCGACUCGAAAGCCGCUCGCAGGCGUAGCGCCAUGAUGGGUGGCGGCGGUUCGCUGAUGUUUUCCAGCACGCCAGGUGCGCCCGGCUCGGGCCCAGGCUUGGCCUCCGUACCUGCUUCGACGGCCGGCUCGACGCUCGCGACGAUGCGGCUCGAGGCGCAGCUGCAGGCCAAGCAGGCCGAGGUCGAGCGACUCAAGCUCGAGAUGACUGGCCUGCGCGCACACAUGCACGAGGCGCACGAGGCCCGACUCGCCAGCGAGUCCUGCCUCAAGGCGCUCAGGGCGUUCAUUGCCGAGGGUGCGGGUACCACCGGCAUAGCACCCUCCGCGCCGGAAAGCCUCGCUUCGGCAUCUGACGCGGCAGGCGCCGACCGCCUCGGCGCGGCGUUCGACCUGAAGGAGGUCAAGCUGCCCCCACUUCCCACCGACGCCGAUGCGGACGAGCUCAGCGAUGAUGACCUCGCCCACACCCCGUUCCAUGCGCAGCACGGCCGCCUCCCGCCUGCAUCCGCGUCCGCGUCGUGGUCCGCGUUCAAGACGCCGUCCAGCAGCAGCGGCGCCGCGCAUUCCAAUCCCCCGACUUCCUCGGCGACAACGUGGGGCUUGCGCCUGUCUACGUUCCCAAACAUGAUCCGCAAGACCACCGCCGACUCGACGGAUAGCAGCGGCAGCAGCAGCGGUGGCGGUGGCGGCACGCAGGCCGGCCUGCUCAGCGCCAGCAGCAGCAGCAGCGGUGGCGCAUUAUCUGACGCCACGACCAUCGAGAGUCACGGCACCAGCGCCAGAGAGGAGGACUGUCAGCCUGGAAUUGUAUCUGGAACGGGGACAUCGCUCGGCGCAGUUCCGUCCUCGUCCAGCACUGCCGGCGCAUCGCUGAGCAGCCUGUGGAAUCGCACUGUCAACUCGGUCGCCGCUGCGCGCGACAGCGCCAUUGCCGCCGCCGCCUCUUCCUCAUCUGCAUCGGCAAAUUUAAAUGGAACCUCAGCCAGCGACAACUCUGCGCAUAUUUGCGACUCUCCACAGCGAACACGCUCUGCAUCGACUUCCACCGCAGCUUCCACGCCUACAGUGGCGUCUCCAUCGGACCUGGCUGCCAAUGCUGCGUCGCCACCUGGUGCUGCGGCUGCUGGGCCAGCGGCGUCCGUUAGCUCGCCUGGAUCAGGCAGCAGCGGAGGCGGCGCAGCAGGCGCGCUCAAGAGCCUCGGUGGCUGGUUCAAUAAGCGUCAGUCGUUUGUGGCGCCGGCUUCCGCCUCAUCAUGUCCGUCGCCGCUUCCGAGCGUGACGCCUGCCUCGGCCACUUCUGCCAGCUCGGGCGAUGUGCAGGGUGCAGUCGAGGAGGAGGAAGAAGACAACGCGCUGACACCCGUCACGCCGCAGCGCAGAAAGAUGCCGUCGCCGCCAUUCGCGUCGCUCGACCUCGCGGAGCCGAACAGGACGCCGACCAGCGCACAGCCGUCUGCGUCGCGUUUCCCGUCGCUGAACGGCCCCGCCAGUGACAGCAAGGACGCGCCGCUCAAAGAGGACGCAGGCGUCCUCGGCGACGGCAGCAGCUCCCAUUCUGCGGCAGGUACAACGACGAGCAGCAGACUCUCGGCGCGCAGCGCGGCGCUCGCGCGUCUGAUGAACUCCAACCCUCAAUUUGACGCUGACGCAGCGACAUCGUCGCAGGCAUCCACGCCGACGCAAGCGAAAGCGCCUUCGCUGUCAAAGUUGCCGACGGUGGUGCCGAACGCUAGAGCCCAACGCGCUCAGCAACGCUCGGCUAGCGUCACGUCCGACGAGGGGUUCGUCCCGCCUACCUUUGAUUAA